UGGAGCCGUGAGAUACGUGGGAGGGGACCUGCCCGUGCUGGGGCAGUGCUGGAGUUGCACCGGAGGAGCCAGCCGUUGGCGUUGCGCAUCCAUCCACUCCCAGAGUCAUGAGUCGAAGGAGUCUCUCGCUUCAGUUUCCCCUGCUGCUGCUCCUGCUGCUGCUGCCGACACCCCCGGUCCUGCCCGCAGGCCCCGGAGUGCCCUCACCAGUCAAUCCCUGUUGUUACUAUCCGUGCCAGAACCAGGGUGUCUGCGUCCGCUUUGGCCUCGACCACUACCAGUGUGACUGUACUCGCACGGGCUACUCGGGCCCCAACUGUACCAUCCCUGAGAUCUGGACCUGGCUUCGGAAUUCCCUGCGGCCCAGCCCCUCGUUCACCCAUUUCCUGCUGACACACGGGUACUGGUUCUGGGAGUUCGUGAAUGCCACCUUCAUUCGAGAAAUACUCAUGCGCCUGGUAAUCACAGUGCGGUCCAGCCUUAUCCCCAGCCCUCCAACCUACAACUCAGCACACGACUACAUCAGCUGGGAGUCCUUCUCCAAUAUGAGCUACUAUACUCGAAUUCUGCCCUCUGUACCCAAAGACUGCCCCACACCCAUGGGGACCAAAGGGAAGAAGCAGUUACCAGAUGUUCAGCUUCUGGCCCAACGGCUGCUGCUGAGAAGAGAGUUCAUUCCUGCCCCGCAGGGGACCAACAUCAUGUUUGCCUUCUUUGCACAACACUUCACCCACCAGUUCUUCAAGACAUCUGGAAAGAUGGGGCCUGGCUUCACCAAGGCCUUAGGCCAUGGGAUAGACCUUGGCCACAUUUAUGGAGAUAAUCUGGAGCGACAGUAUAACCUGCGGCUCUUCAAGGAUGGGAAACUUAAGUACCAGGUGCUGGACGGAGAGGUGUAUCCACCUUCCGUGGAACAGGCGUCCGUGUUGAUGCGCUACCCACCAGGUGUCCCGCCCGAAAAGCAGAUGGCCGUGGGCCAGGAGGUGUUUGGGUUGCUCCCGGGGCUGAUGCUCAUUUCCACGAUCUGGCUGCGUGAGCAUAACCGCGUGUGUGACCUGCUGAAGGAGGAGCAUCCCACGUGGGAUGACGAGCAGCUCUUCCAGACCACUCGCCUCAUCCUUAUAGGGGAAACCAUCAAAAUUGUCAUCGAGGAGUAUGUGCAGCACUUGAGUGGUUAUUUCCUGCAGCUCAAGUUUGACCCGGAGCUGCUGUUCCGAACCCAGUUCCAGUAUCGCAACCGCAUCGCCAUGGAGUUCAACCAUCUUUAUCACUGGCAUCCGCUCAUGCCCAACUCCUUCCACGUGGGCUCACAGGAGUACAGCUAUGAGCAGUUUUUAUUUAACACUUCUAUGCUGAUGGACUACGGUGUUGAAGCGCUGGUGGAUGCCUUCUCUCGCCAGAGGGCUGGCCGUAUUGGUGGGGGUAGGAACUUUGACUACCAUGUUCUGCAUGUGGCCGUGGAUGUCAUCAAGGAGUCCCGAGAGAUGCGUCUACAGCCCUUCAAUGAAUACCGAAAGAGGUUUGGCCUGAAGCCUUACACCUCUUUCCAGGAGCUCACAGGAGAGAAGGAGAUGGCUGCUGAGUUGGAGGAGCUGUACGGUGAUAUCGAUGCUUUAGAGUUCUACCCAGGGCUGCUUCUGGAAAAGUGCCAGCCCAACUCCAUCUUUGGGGAAAGCAUGAUAGAGAUGGGGGCUCCCUUUUCCCUCAAGGGCCUCCUAGGGAAUCCCAUCUGUUCUCCAGAGUACUGGAAACCCAGCACGUUUGGUGGUGAUGUUGGUUUCAACCUUGUUAACACAGCCUCACUGAAGAAACUGGUCUGCCUCAACACCAAGACCUGCCCCUAUGUUUCCUUCCGUGUACCAGAUUAUCCUGGAGGUGACGGGUCUGUCUCAGUGAGACAAUCCACUGAGCUCUGAGGGGCCUGGAAAGCAGCCUUCUGGAGGGAGGAGUUUUGUUCCUGAGGAAGACAGUCCUUGAUGUGGGUUUCCUGGCUUGGCAUUGUGAGAGCUGACGUUGACAUUUGGAACUUUGGGUUUCACCCUUGCCUAGAAUAUUGUGAUUUUGCCAUUUUAGGAUGCUGAAUUCUUUGUUAACUACAAAAGUUAGAGUGGUUUUAUCUGGAUCCUCAGAACUUGGCUCCUUGUUGGCAACCCAGAAAGUCAGAUUUCUGGUUGAUUUGGAAUAUAGGCUUAAGACUUUAUAUUAUAGGGCAGAGUGUGGUUGCACACACCUUAAUCCCAGCACUUGGAAGGCAGAGGCAGUUGGAUCUCUGAGUUUGAGGCCAGUCUGGCUUAUAUAGUGACUUCUAGGCCAUCUAUGGCUGCAUAGUGAGACUAUUUCUCAAAACAAACAAACAAACAAACAAAUAAACAAGCAAACAACUUUAGAAUGUAGAACUCCUUCAGAAAUCCCUUGAAAGUUAAUGGGGACCUUCAUUUUUCUUCCUAGAAUCUGGAGGUCCCUUCAGAACACUGACUAUAUGACAGGUGACCCAGAAGGUCCUGUUCCUGGUCAAUGAUCUAUAACAUAGGCCAAAACAUUCCCGACUUGAAUGUCUAGAAUGUGAAAUUGGCUCAUUUCCCUGUUCAGUGAAAUGGACACAGAACAAAAGAACCCAAUGUCCGGUAAGGAUUGCCUUGCCCAAGUCUAUGUCUACACCAAAGAGCAAGGCAGUAAGGCGUUCUUGGGAGCCACACUUAGACUCUUCCCAAAGCUGUGGAGGGAACAGAUGGACUUAUCUAUGAUCUUGGUUGGAAGCCACCACAGUUCUAUCCCCAGCCAGGUCUUUGCUUGUGGCAGCUGUUUCUCAUGAAGCUAAUAAAAUUCUCUUUCCAAA